GGGGUCGUCCAACAAAGCCAAAAAAAUUCAAUCAAAAGUUUCGCAGAGAAACGAGUCAUCCAUCCAGAGCUAACCAAAAGCGAAGAAAGUCGCUGUUUUUCUUUCGGGAACGAUAGAGACAAGUCAAAAUAGCAUCAAAUUCGGUUUCUGGUAAAUCCGUCAUCACCCGCUGCGAUACACAAGUUGAAACCCGACGAACUCGUUAUCAAUUUCGGUGACGAAGGAAAACGGAGAAUCUGUGAAGUGCAGUGCAUACGCAAGCAAAAUUUUUUAGUUUCAUCUUUCUUUUCGGUUCGGAAGGCGUAUCCCGAGCACCGAGGAACCGCAUUCGAGCCUGCAGCAGCAGAAUAUUGUGGUUAUAUUCGAGUGGAGGAGCGAAUUUGGUUAGAGCGACGAUAAAAUGGAAAACAACGGAAUUGCCGAUGAAAACCAGCCGCAACUGGAUGACCAGCAGCCGCCGCAGCAACCUCUGCUGUUCGACAAUGUGGACAUAACAUCGCCGGAUGACGAAAAUGAGAACGACAUCUUCGAGUCUGCUAUCCAGGAGCCCUUGUCCCCUGUCCUAGAAGAUGUACCAACUGAUGGAGCUGGCGAUGUCUUCAUCGAAAUAGUUGUAUCAGAUCCGCAAAAAGUGGGCGAUGGCAUCGGUUCAUACCUUGCAUACAAGGUUGCAACCAGAACCAACAUCCUGAAAUUUAAGAAGCGCCAGUUCACGACAUUGCGUCGGUUUAGCGAUUUUCUAGGUUUGCAUGAUAUUUUAGUUAGCAAAUAUCUACGGCUGGGUCGUAUUGUUCCACCCGCACCGGAGAAAAACAUUAUCGGCUCGACCAAAGUCAAAAUGGGUGGAGCUCAGGGCCAAGCUGAGAAUGGUGCAAACGGUGGCGUUAACUUGGAGUGGAUCGAAAAUCGGCGCGCCUCUCUGGAACGUUUUUUGAAUCGUGUAGCUCAGCAUCCGUACCUCUGUCAGGACAGUGAUUUUAUCAAUUUUCUAGAAAGCGACCAAGAGCUGCCCAGAGCUGUUAACACCGCGGCGUUAAGUGGUGCUGGGGUGAUGAGACUGUUCAACAAGGUUGGUGAGACAGUAAACAAAAUAACAUAUAAAAUGGACGAAACGGAUUCGUGGUUCAAUGAUAAAAUCAACGAGGUCGAGACUAUUGAUGCUCAUAUGCAAAAGUUGCACUCGGCCAUCAAAGCCCUUGUCAAUCAUCGCAGAGAGUUGGCAACUCUCACCGGGGGUGUGGCCAAGUCUGCAGCAUUGCUCAGCACUUGCGAGGAACAUACGGGACUGUCGCAAGCACUGUCCCAACUGGCCGAUGUCGAGGAGAAAGUGGAACUGCUGCGAUCUGAACAGGCCAAUUCGGACCUUUAUAUUCUGUCUGAAACUAUUAAGGAUUAUAUUGGCCUAUUCGGUGCCAUCAAGGAUGUGUUCCACGAACGCGUUAAAGUGUUCCAGAACUGGCAACAUGCUCAGAUGCAGCUGACAAAGAAACGAGAGAAUAUGACAAAACUGGAACAGCAGGAACGAAGAGAUAAACUAGAUCUUGCCCAAAAGGAAGUGGAAGAGUGGGAAGGCAAGGUUCAGCGAUGUCAGAAGGAGUUUGACAAUAUUUCAAGCGAAAUCAAAAAAGAGAUGGAACGGUUCGAACUUGCAAGAGCUCGCGACUUCAAAAGCACCAUCAUCAAGUACCUUGAGGACCAAAUGGCACACCAGCAACAGCAAAUGAAAUACUGGGAAGCGAUCGUACCGAUCGCGAAAGAGAUUGCCUGAGACGAGCUGAACGCGAUGACACUGACAGUCUUUAGCAACACGACAACACCAACAACCACGACAACACCAAACAAUUGCGGUUCGGACGAAGAGAACAGUGCGAGUCUCGACUGUUCCUCUGACCGCCGGAAGCUACCUAGCACUAUGCGUCUUUCGAUCAAUCUUGCCGAUGCAAACGCCAGAUUGUCGUAGAGAUUUCAUCAAAGAGUCGUUUCUCGAUUCCAUAGAAAUAUUAUUAUGAAUUCAAGAAAAAGUCAGUACGCCAGUUUUCCUUUAUGAAUGCUUCAACCCAAUGUUUAGCAAGACAAAAACAUCCUGUAAUUUUCGCAACUUUAAUUCACAAUAUUCGGUCUUUAAAUGAUGAACCACACAGUGAAUAUGAUUUGACCGAAACUGUUCACUUCCGGUUUAUAGCAAAAUGGUUAAUAAUGUCUAAACUCUCGAAUGUAACAGCUUAGAAAUGUUAAAAAAAAUAUAUAUUGGUCCACUCGGUCGAUAAAGUACCAUGAAUAGUGUACAUAGUUGAAGUAAAGUAGAAAAUAUACUAUCUCAACCUUUGGAUUUAGUCUAGUAUAAAGUGAAUGGAAGCAUGAUUAGAACAUACAUUUAUUUUCUCAAACAUACAUCGCUACAGGUUUAGUUGAUGAAAUUAUAUUAGGUCUUAUUAUAGUGGAUUUAUAACUGCAUGUAAAAAGCGUUGUCCGCAAUUCAAAGCCAGCCAGUUUAUUUUAGGUAUUUCAUAAAACGGCAAUGUAUAUGAACAUUAUAAACAGCAAAAGAUAAAGAAAACAAGCUAUGCAGCAAAACAGAAGUUUUUUUUUACUAUUUUCACUCAUUUCAUCGAUCAUGAUAUAUCAUUACAGAAUUACACACCUUCUCUUACGUGAUCCAGAUAUUGAUGUACGUCCUAUGAAAAGAACAAUCACUUACAAACCACACUCAGAGGAGAAUCCCUUAUGGUGUUUGUAGAAUUUCGUUGUGAAAUAUCGUUGAAACCAAAAUACAUUCCAUCAUCGCUAGUUCGUUCAUCGCGUCUGAUAAACCGAACAGUAGUUUUUGACGUCCUCAGUUGGAAGACUGCACUGAUUUCGGUAUUUUUUUUUCUUGAAAGAUAUGUUAUAGAUAGAUGAUAAAAUUCGUUAUAAUUUAGUUACUGUGAAUCAUGAUUGUGUUUUCUAAACGUACUACGUUUAAAACAUAGCGUAAUGAUUGUCUAUUAUUGAUAUAUUUCCUUCCGAUUGGAUACAACUUUAUAAUAAAUGUACCACUCGACAAUGGCAAUAGUUUCGGAAUGAAGUACAGAAAACUUAUCUUUCACUAAAAUGACUGAUAGAAAAUGGUCUUUGUUUAGUAAUUUGAAUAAUCUGGUUCUGUUUUGUGUUUAUGGAUGUGCUGAUUUACGAAAACAUUCUAAUCGUAAUAUGAAAUUAUUCCGUCUCUCAUAACAAUCCUUUAGAUUUCUGAGUCAGAAUGUGGGCUAGUUUAAAAAUAGAAUACCUAACAAGUAUUUCUUUUCAUUUGGACCUGCUAAAUUUUAUACCAAAUGUAAGUAACAACACGUUGAAGGGCUUUCGAACACGAGACCAAUAAUUAAUUAUGUAUGUAUUCUGUCAUUGAUGGUACCAAAAUUUUCGAUCGGUUAUAGAAGUGAUAUUGCCAACGUAGUGAAAAAAAAAAAACAACUAAAAACAAUAGAAAAAAAAAUAUUGUUAACUAUUUCUCUUUGAAAAAGUAUAUAUCUGAGAGCUAUUGAAUAAAGUAUGAGCAGAAAAAUCCA